AUGCUUACCACCAAGAAGAAGAUUGUUAAGCCACCCGGCAAAGAGCCAACUGAGCUCGAGAACUCUGUUGCUCAGGCUCUCUUGGAUUUGGAGAACUCCAACGACUUCAAGGAGUUGAAGAACCUCCAGAUCGUCUCCGCCAAGGAGUUCGACGUCUCUGAGGGAAAGAAGGCCAUCGUUGUCUUUGUUCCAUUCCGUCAGCUCAAGGCUUACAACAAGAUCCAGCAAAAGUUGGUUUGGGAGUUGGAGAAGAAGUUCGGCAGCAAGAACGUUAUGAUCAUUGCUCAGCGCAGAAUCAUCCACCAGGUCUCCUCCACCAACAAGGUCAAGCAGCAGAAGGUCCCAAUCUCGCGUACCAUCAAGGCUGUCCACGACGCCAUGUUGGAGGACCUCGUGUUCCCAACCAACAUCGUUGGCCGUAGACUUAGAUACAGACUCGAUGGCUCCAAGCUCCACAAGAUCUAUUUGGACCGUAAGGAGAUCACCGUCACUGGUCACAAGUUGGAUUCCUUCUCCGCCGUCUACCACAAGUUGACCGGAAAGGACGUCGUCUUCGAGUUCCCAGUUGCCUCUGACAACGCCGCACAGAACUAA